AUGCAGGACUAUUCACGCCCGUCUGGAUCGGACCUGGUCUCCUCAUUUUGGCCGUAUACGAUGGCAGGAGGUGCUACAGCCGCCUCGAUGGAGCCGAGAAAGGUCAGGUCGACAUCGAGAGAGGCAUUCGCCGCCGGGGCUCCCAUGGAGCUGAGACUGGCGGCGCCCCAGCAAACCGGAAACCUCAAGUUCUAA